CACUGUUGACAACGUAAGCACUCGCCUCGGGCCUGACGCCUAGAAACUCGAACCGUUUACCUCAGGCCAGAAAUAGGUGUAAUAGGGGGGUUCUGGAAAUGAUGCCCAGCCCUUUUUCUUCCUCAGGUUUCUCUGUAACUCUCGAGUCGCCCGGGGCCUGUAAGCUCGGCCGUACUGUACUUUCCCCAUCAGAAAAUCAACAACAGAAAUCAUGCGUUGAAUGGAUAAGUAUCCGUAAAGGGACCGACAUAUUGCCCAGGACAGUUUGGGUUACUAAGAAUCCGGAAUGGAUAGGUAGAAGGAAAGAAGGGAAAAAACACGUGAAAUGACCUCAGGAAAGGUGGGAAAUGGAAUGCUGUCAAUCUCGUUCGUGAACCCUGCCAAACGGACGGGAAGGUACGAUCCCCUAGGUAGGAUAGGGCGCGCGCGCGGCUGCCUUGAACCGUCAUGUCACCUCACCUUUGGAAAGAGUGAGUCCACUUCUGAAAUCAGUUCUUUCCUGUUCGCUCUCAACCACUCUUGCUCUUCGCACGUCCCGUUCGCUCGGGCACAGACGCAGGGCCAUACGGCACGUCCACGUCGCCCGGUUUGGGCCUUCCCCGUUUUCCGUCUCGUUGCGUGUACCAAGCCGUUGGGCUGGCAGGCACGUAUCGAGAUCGAGAGACAGAUGGGAGACAGAACACGACCGAACAGACAAGAGAGGGCACGUCAAGCGCUUAGACUGCUCCGUUUGAAAGAUGCGACCCGCCGCCGGGUGCGAAUGAAUGGCUGGAAGGUAUGGGUACGCGCCGCCGCCCUCUCUCUUUCCCCAAACCCCGAAAUCAAAUCUCCAACUCCCCCUGUUAAAAUGGAAGGACAAAAAAAAUUACAAACCCUCCCCCAAAUAGUAGAGAAGAAGAAAAAAAGCACCAUCCCGCGCCGCCACGGGUCUAGCAUCCCAGGGCUCCGGUGCCAGGAGAGGCUCGACAGGGUCGCAGACGGGGGUACCUUGCCAAAACGAAAUGCACCCUGGAUCGCUGGAAAGGGCACAUCGGCGACCGGUCACCGAGCAUGCAGCACCGACCCAAUUAGAGGCUCCACCGAAGGGAACCUCUCCAGAAGCAGAACACAGCUGCAGGGCAAGCCCCGAAUUUCGAACGUGGUGGUACUGCUGGCUGGUGUGUGUUGGAGUCAUUGGGGGCGGCAGAAUGCGACAGGAGAGAAAUGGGACAAUUGCGAGUGGUUCUUGCACACAACGGUUCUAUUGCGGUGAUUUUGUCAAUUCUUGAGUACGUAUCUGUAGAUAUGGGCUCUACGGUAAGGUGCGACUAGACAGUCUUUGCCUGCGCAGCAUUGGUUUCCCGUUUACAGAUUGCAGAGUACAAACAUAGCCAAGAAUGUACUAUUGUAUCGCGCCAAGAGGAUUCUUUCUA